AUGGCGAGCAGUGGCAGUGCAGACGAGCGAUCCGGCGCCGCUUCGCGCCCAGCUAGAGCAACGGAAAAACCGAGCAAGGCUGGAGACAAACUGAGCAAGGCUGAAGACAAGCUUAAAAAUGCUGAAGCCAGGCUGGACAUCGCUGAAGCCAAGCUGGACAGCGCUGAGGAACGUGCCCAGGCGUCCAUGGACGAGCAAGCCAAUGCCGAAGUGAACGUGGCCAAAGCCGAAUUGGGCGUGGCCAAGGCCAAAGUGAAGGUGGCCGAAGCCAAACUGGGCGUGGCUGAAGCUAAUGUGGAAGCGGCUACAAAUGAUGGAGACCGAGCCCGAGCCGAAUCAAGUGUGGCCAAUGCCAAAUUGAAGGUGGCCGAAGCCGAAUCAAGUGUGGCCAAAGCCGAAGUGAACGUGGCCAAAGCCGAAGUGAACGUGGCCAAAGCCAAUCUGGGCGUGGCUGAAGCCAAAGUGGAAGCGGCUACAAAUGACAAAGACCGAGCCCGAGCCGAAUCAAGUGUGGCCAAAGCCGAAGUGAGCGUGGCCGAUGCCAAAGUGAACGUGGCCAAAGCCGAAGUGAGCGUGGCCGAUGCCAAAGUGAACGUGGCCAAAUUCGAAUUGGGCGUGGCCAAAGCCAAAGUGGAAGCGGCUACAAAUGACAAAGACCGAGCCCGAGCCGAAUCAAGUGUGGCCAAAGCCGAAGUGAACGUGGCCGAUGCCAAAGUGAACGUGGCCGAUGCCAAAGUGAACGUGGCCAAAGCCGAAGUGAACUUGGUCAUCUCGCGUCCACAUUCCGCAGAGCUGAGCCAUGUCUUUGAAUCGUACUUGCAGACCUUGAAAGACGAAGUACAAUCCUCUGGCGUGUUGGUGGCGCCAGCAAGUGCGGUCGUGUCCGGGGCUUCAGGGGACGGGUAUCUAGACUAUUACAAUCAAGUGACCCGGAAGGGUCGAUACAAAACAGCCGACGAGUCAGAGGUGGCCCCGUUCCGUUCGGAGCUCACGUCGGAGCAGGAAACCAUGGCCGACAGCAUUCCAAAGGGCCAGCGCACUUCGGAAGCAGAUCUCCAAAACGCCUGGGAUGACUUUCUCCAGAAGCAGACAAAGAAUAUCCCAUGUCGCGUUUGUAGCUCUCCCAAUGCUGCAACUCUGGACCAGUUCAAGCCCGACAUUGUGUUGGGGGCAAGAUACCCUUACAGGGAUGGCAACAUUGCCUGCAUUUUGGAGCUCAAGCGCAGCACGAACAAGUUUACAGCUUCGGCUCUUGGCCAACUCUUUUCUUAUUUAGAUACAUUGUUGGAGCUGUCUCCAGAUCGACACUUCUGCUUUGGCGCGUUGGUGAACUGUUUCAACUUCCACAUCAUCCGGGCAUAUCGAUGCCGCGGAACCGGCUUCAUUCACUUCGAGACCAUAAUACAGGGCCAUUUGGGGUCGGGCGCGCCCCUUGUCCGACUGCUGACCAUGGAACCUAGUGAGCUUGGUUUCGUGGACUUGCGCGUGAACAUUCCUGACAACGAUGGGCAGCCAUUGUAUUACCAUCCACACUGCUUUAUCGGCAAAGGCAGGCAUUGCGAGGCGUACAAAGGCAUGUUUCAAGGCGAGACGGUCGUCUUCAAGAUUUUCAAGAACGAAGCCGCCAUGAAGCAGGAGCGUGACAUGCUUAACAAGCUGGGUUUGGCUAAGGUUGAAAAUGUGCCUGUCCUCAAGGGUUACUCGAAAGGGCACCCCUACUGCUGCGUCGUGACCCCUGUAGGCGAGGAAUUUGCCACGCCUCCCACAAGACACGAGCUAUCAAUGCUUUUGGACGUGCUCAAGGCCGCGCACAAGGCCGGGCUUGUUCAUCGUGACCCGCUUCCCCGCAACUAUUUUCGAGUGGGUUCAAAAAUCCUGUUCAACGACUGGGGGUCGGCUGAAGAGAUUCGCACAGGCCAGCCAGUUGUACCCACUGGCUGGCCUUGUGAGCAAGCAGAUGACAUGAUUGGCGAGGUUCGUACCGCUUGCUGCAGUGAAUGUGGGAAGAAUUGCAGUGUGCAAGCCCCCUCAUGUUCGACUGGUUGUGGUUUGCAGAGUGAGGUGGUGCCCCAGUUCCGACAUGACCUGGAAAUGUUUGCAAAGGGCAUCUUCUUGCGAAUGGUGCGAAAGGGCGACUGGCCAAAUGACCUGCGUAGCACUGAUUUUUGGGAUGAGGGUUACUUGGGAUCUACCUGGCGACCUGUCUUGAACGCUGCUCGCUCGCUACCCGAUUUCCUUACCGGCUCACCCGAAGAUUUUGUGAAAAACCACGAUGGGACAUACGAGGGCUUCAGAAACAUACUUUUGAAGUCCUAUAGUCGCCUGCUCGCUCAUGGGCCCACUUUGUUUUGA